UUAGAAAAUGUGGUACAAAACAAACAAAACAAAAACUGGAGACUUAAACUUGACACGUAUGGCGUCAAAUCCAUGCCACAUAUAUUUGCAAAAGAAUAAAGUAUUGCAAAAGAAAAUAAAGUUUUAUAAUACAAAAAUAAAGUAUUGAGCAAAAAAGUUUUGCAAAAAAAUGAUUUUGCAACAUAUUUUUUUAUGACCAUACCAACUAAUUCAUUUACUACACUCCUUUUAAUCUGCAUUUCAGUGUGAGUUUGCUAUACUGUUGUCCCUAUGCUCUUCACUAUUCUGUGUGCUUCCUGGCAUUGUUUUGACAUGGAGUGGAGUCAAGAAACUGGGGCGUGUUCAGCUGGCCUGACCACGCCUCCCUCAAAGUGACAUCAUCAGUGCAUGUAAAGGGUGGGCCUUUGAAUUGAAGUGGAGGAAGGUCUAACUGAUGUGCAGGGUUGCCAGGUCAAAACCAUCCCAAAAGUAGCAUAAUCACGGCACAAGUGUAAAAGUAGCCCAAUUGACGUGGCAACAAUGAGCCGAGCGUCGUUACAUGGCCUAGCCGCUGUGUGUGACAGCUGACAGCAGACGUUUGUGAGGCGAUUUUAGGGAAAUGGAUGCAGAAAAGUUUUAUUUUUAUUGGGUUUUGACAUGCUUCAAUGCUGGUGACAACGGGACACCGGACUUUAUAAACAGGUAAUAUAUGUAUGGUUAAACUGUGUAAUGUCAGUUUUAUAUCGUUAGCAACUAUUAGUGAACCUUGUUUAUAUCUUAUGUUAAAUGUAAUGUUAACUGUGAAAAUAUAUUUUCACAUGUAUACAUUUACUUAAAUUUAUUGUACAGUACUUUAGGAUUUUAUUCAACUCCACUCCAUCUCAGAGACAAAUAUUGUUUUUAUGUAGAACUGAUGUUUUGGACAUCAUCAAUUUCCUCCUCGAAAAACGUCCAAAAGUCCAAAAUUAAUGCAUUUGGUCCAAGCUCCAUGCUUUCCAACCCAGUCUCCCAACCUGGGGAGGGUGGCUCAUUCCCGGUCAAAGAUCUGUCCGCCCUCUGGAGGUGGUCCGAAAGUUGAAAUUGCGAUCCAGUUUCCUGUGUCAGGCUUUGUAGCCUUGUAGUCCUAUUGUUCAUUGGUUCCCUCUUGAUUGUCUCCCUAGGUGUGUCUCAUUAUCUUGUUAAGCUUAGCCCUUAUGUAUAUAUAGUGCUUUUGUUUCUCUUGUUGCUUUGUCGGUUGUUGAAUGUAGUGGUUGCCUGUUUGCUUGUGUUUCUGUUCUCUUGUUCCCGAUUGUUUGUUUAUUUUAUUACUUUGUGUUCCGGUGCUCCAUGCUUUUGUGUUUUGUUUCAUUUAUUAAAAGUCCUGCUAUUAGAUCCACGUCUCCAUCUGCCUCCCUCAGUUCCCCGCACAUUACAACAUCUAUCAGUAUAUAUAUAAAGUCACUGAUGUAAUCUUUUCUUUUCUGUGUUUUGUCUAGCAUGGAUCCAGUGGGAGUGAAUUAGAAACUGCAGCUCUAGGGAGACCCUUCCAGCUGGGGAUGCUGUAUGACUGCAGGAGAGAUGCUCUCGUACCAGGAAUCAGACUUUGGAGUAAAGAGCAGCUGCAGCAGAACAUAAUCACUAAACCUCAAAUUAAUACAGAUUUCACAGUCACAGCUUCAGAUUCGAUUGAGGAAAAAACUAGAUUACUGAAAGUUGAUGGAUGUCUGAAACUGAGUCUUUUAGGUGGACUCAUCAAUGUAGAAGGUGCUGGAAAUUAUCUCAAGGACACCAAGAAAUCAUUCAGUCAACAGAGACUGACAUUACAUUAUCAUUCAACCACUAAGUUUGAAGAGCUGAUCAUAAACCACUUUGCUUCUGGAGACAUGGCUCACUAUGAGAAUGAAGUAGCCACACAUGUAGUGACAGCAGUGCUGUACGGAGCAGAUGCCUGCUUUGUUUUUGACAGAGAAGUUUCUUCAGAUGAAGACAAAAUGAAGAUAGCUGGAGAUGUAAAAGCUGCAUUCGAGCUGCUAAAAGGCAUUUCAGUUGGUGCAAACAUUAAUCUGAAUGACAAUCUGAAGACUGUUGCCCAAAAAUUCAAGUGUACAUUUUAUGGCGACUUCCAGCUUCCAUGUAACCCGACCUCUUUUGAAGAUGCAAUGAAGGUUUUUGAAGAUCUUCCAAAACUGCUGGGAGAAAAAAAUAAGUUUGCAGUUCCUCUGAGAGUUUGGCUUUAUCCUUUGGACAAACUUUUCUCAAGAGCUGUAAAGUUUCAACAUGAAAUCAGCACAGGUUUAAGCACAGACAUUGAAUCUGUUAUUGAGAGUUUAAGUACGACUGAGAUGAAAUGCAGUGAUCUUCUGACAGACACGCCUGCUUCGACAUUUACUGCAUUUCAUGACAAAGUCAAUGACAUGAAGAAAACUGCUACCAGUUCAGAUUGA